GGAGGUACUGCAGGGAGUGCAGGGGGCUUAAUUUUCACAAAUGCAUCUCAUCACGUGACUGUUGGUGCUCUUGUCGUCAACCACAAGAAAGAGGUACUAGUGGUUCAAGAGAAGAAUGGAAUGUUAAGAGGAAAGGGAGUGUGGAAGUUCCCUAUCGGAACGAUCAACGAGGUUGGCUUUAGGUACCUUAUUGAAACUAAAUUUGUGGAAAUGCUGACAUUCAGAGAACACCACAUGGCAUUUUUCGAAAAGUCGGAUCUUUUCUUUGUAUGUUUGCUGCCCUUGUCCUUCAACAUCCAAGUUCAGGAAUCAGAAAUUGAGGCAGCUCAGGUGCCAUGUGCCAUGGAGGUACUAUUGUGACGGAAUCUCCUUCGACAUAUAUCUUUUUGUUUUGCAGUUUAUCAGCACAUGACAACUUUG